AUGAUGACGAAACUUCUCCAUGGGAUGAGCGGCUGUCUGGUAUUUAUCGAUGACAUCAUUAUCUUUGCUGACACCUGGGAGGAACACCAGAAGAUUUUGGAAGAGGUUUUGCAUCGAAUCAAAGCAGCUGGCUUGAAGCUCAAGGGAACGAAAUGUCAGUUCGGACAUGAAUCGGUUCAGUUUUUGGGACAUAUUGUAUCCGCAAGGGGAAUCCAUCCAAACCCAGAGAAAGUCCAAGCCGUACAAGAUUUUCCGACACCAUCUUCGUUGUCGGAUGUCAGAGCAUUUGUGGGAAUGGCCUCCUACUACCGCAGGUAUGUCCGUAAUUUUGCGGAUAUCGCCGCUCCUCUGCAUGAACUAACCAAAGGAGGCAGAGAAUUUUGUUGGACACCAGCAGCACAGCAAGCGUUUCAUACCCUAAAAACCCACUUAUCCACUUCACCUAUCCUUGCCUUGCCCAAUUUUAUGAUUCCUUUCACUGUUUACACUGAUGCUAGCGAUUCUGGUCUUGGAGCAGUGUUGUCGCAACGUGUUGGUUCCAGCGAAUAUGUCGUUUGCUAUGCUAGUCGGUCAUUGACAUCAGCGGAGAAGAACUAUUCAACAACUGAGAAAGAGUGUCUGGCCAUUGUGUGGGCCAUUCACUACUGGCGUCCCUACCUACUGGGAAAGGCGUUUCAAGUGGUUACCGACCAUCAAAGUUUAACUUGGCUUCAGGGACUAAAAGAACCCAAAGGUCGCUUAGCACGUUGGAUCUUAACCCUUCAAGAAUAUGACUUUGCCAUCGUACACCGCCCGGGUCGUGAGAAUAGUAAUGCAGAUGCACUUUCACGGUCUCUUCUUCCAACUACAGUCGUCAGUCAUCCUCAUUUACCGGAUGAGGAGAUCGUCAUCGGGGUUAGACCCACCCUUAUUGAAACCGAAUGGUCCCGGGAAGAGAUUUGUCAGGCGCAGCACGAUGAUCCAGUUGUCUCAACUGUACUUCAGGCAAAGUUGAACACGCCGGCCGAACAAGAAGCUCCUAGUGAUUGGACAGAUGAUAGUGAACUUCGUCGUUAUCGGCAAGUCUGGAAACAACUGGAAAUAAUUGACGGUGUUUUGCAUCGACGAGUAUCAACAAGUGGUCGGAAAGAUGGUCUCGUUCUUGUAGUUACUCGGAAAAUGCGUGCGGAUCUGUUGCGGCUCUCUCACAAUGAUCCUAGUUCUGGGCACAUGGGUAUUAAUCGCUGCGUCGAACGUUUGCAGCCGUGGUAUUACUGGCCUGGAAUGACCAGCGAGGUGCAUCUGUGGGUUGCAGAGUGUGACGUGUGCAACCAAAGGAAAUCGUCGUCAGCAUCCCACCGUUCCCCCAUGGAGAACAUCCGAGUAUCCCAACCAAUGGAGUUGUGGGCAAUGGACAUCUUAGGACCCCUUCCAAUAACAGCACGAGGGCACCAGUAUGUUUUAGUGAUGAGUGACCACUUCACUAAAUGGGUCGAAGCGGUCCCAAUGGCUGAUCAGAAAGCAGAGACGGUAGCUCGUGCGUUUAUUGACAACGUAGUGUCUCGACAUGGCGUUCCUGUGAAACUCCUCACUGACCAAGGUAGAAACUUUGAGUCGGAGCUUAUGAAAGAAGUAUUCAAGCUGUUGGGCGUUCACAAGUUGCGGACAUCACCAUAUCACCCACAGACUGACGGCCAAGUGGAGCGGUUCAACCGUACACUGAAAGCAAUAAUCUCGUCCUACGUAAAUGGUCAUCACAACGACUGGGAUUUACAUUUACCCUUGGCUUUAUUCGCAUAUCGAACAAGUGUCCAUUCCUCGACACGCGUAUCUCCAUUUAAAGCAGUUUAUGGGAGAGAUGCUACUACGCCACUCGUGUUACUGGGCAGCACGGAGAAGCCCAAGACCCGGUUGAUUGCCGACUACUGUGCUGAACUUGAGUUUACGCUGAGUCCACGCGACGGUUGCUGA